AUGAUUGGAAUGGGUCAAAAAGAUUCAUACGUCGGUGAUGAGGCCCAGUCCAAGCGCGGUAUCUUGACCCUCAGAUACCCCAUCGAGCACGGUGUGGUCACCAACUGGGAUGAUAUGGAAAAGAUCUGGCAUCACACUUUUUACAACGAACUUCGUGUCGCACCAGAAGAACAUCCAGUCCUCCUGACCGAGGCCCCUAUCAAUCCCAAGUCAAACAGAGAGAAGAUGACACAGAUCGUCUUCGAGACCUUCAACGCACCUGCAUUCUACGUCUCCAUCCAGGCCGUUCUGUCUCUCUAUGCCUCUGGUCGUACCACUGGUAUCGUUCUUGACUCCGGCGACGGUGUUACCCACGUCGUCCCUAUCUACGAAGGUUUCUCGCUUCCUCACGCCAUUUCUCGUGUCGACAUGGCUGGUCGUGAUUUGACCGACUACUUGAUGAAGAUCUUGGCUGAGCGCGGUUAUCCCUUCUCCACCACCGCUGAACGGGAAAUCGUCCGAGAUAUCAAGGAGAAGCUCUGCUACGUCGCUCUUGACUUCGAACAGGAGAUCCAGACUGCUGCCCAGAGCUCCAGCUUGGAGAAGUCUUACGAGCUUCCCGACGGUCAGGUUAUCGCCAUCGGUAACGAGCGAUUCCGCGCCCCAGAAGCCCUCUUCCAGCCCAGCGUGCUUGGUCUUGAAUCCGGUGGCAUCCAUGUUACUACCUUCAACUCCAUCAUGAAAUGCGAUGUCGAUGUUCGAAAGGACUUGUACGGCAACAUUGUCAUGUCUGGUGGUACCACUAUGUACCCAGGUAUUUCCGACCGUAUGCAGAAGGAAAUCACUGCUCUUGCUCCCUCUUCCAUGAAGGUCAAGAUCAUUGCUCCUCCCGAGCGAAAGUACUCCGUCUGGAUUGGCGGCUCCAUCUUGGCGUCCCUCUCGACCUUCCAGCAAAUGUGGAUCUCCAAGCAGGAAUACGACGAGAGUGGUCCUUCCAUUGUGCACCGCAAGUGCUUCUAA